AUCGCCUUCAACCUGCGCCAAUUUCCAUCUUCCCGACCGCCCUCACGACCGCAAAGACGAUAUCUACGGAAUAGGCAAUCUUGAAGAUAUAAUGCUGAACGGCGACCGCGACACUGUCUCGAUAUCCCGUGCGCCGUCAAGGGCGUCCAGGCAUACCGCGGCGGGCUCGACCGUCUCGCGAGCGCAAUCCCUUAUUAAGAAAAACGUGGCCCCGCAGGACUUACGCCCCUCGGACAUCCUAAUUGAACGCUUUACGGCAUGGAAGGUUAUCGUGAAACAGCUAAUAGCGUACUUUGAGGGCAUCGCAGACAUCGAGAAUAAUACAGCGAGGGAGCUGACGAAGCUGGGGGCCGUCAUCCAAGUCCCGUUCCGCGCGGGGAACCAGUUCCUGGGCGAAGGAGGGCUGCAGGAUAUAUUCUACGGGGUCCGGGACAAGACGAGGGUUAUUGCGGACCAGCACGCGAACCUAGGUAGGACGAUAGACAGCUCCAUCGUCCAACACCUGCAGAAACUCCGUACGGAGAUCAAGGCGCAUAUCAAGAACGUCCAAAAUGAUACCGGCAAAUUAGCAACCACCGUCGCAAAGGAACGCGAACUAUCCGCUCGGAUGAUCGGAGAGCUCGCCACGAACAUAUCUAUCUUCAAGAACACGCCCAUGAACGUCACGAACAAGAGCGACCCUUACGUAGCCAACACUGCCGUUGCUCGCCAACUACAGAAGCAGGUUCACGAAGAAAACACGCUGCAGAAAUCGAUCAUCAUUAUGCAGCAAAACUCCGCGCACUUUGAGGAGGGCAUCGUGCGCGCGCUGCAGUCCGCGUGGCAGACCUUUGACGAGUGGCAGAACCGCAUGUCCGCGUCCGUCCAAGAAUCGUGGCGGACGCUGUCCGUGCAGUUCGCCUCGCUGCCGCCCGACCGCGAGUGGAUCACGUUCAGCGCGCGCUCCGAUCACCUCCUGGACCCAGAGACACCGCUGCGCAACCCCGAGGCGAUCGAGUACCCGAGCAAGGAGGACCCGUGUGUUGUACCCGUGCACACCGGGUACCUCGAGCGCAAGAAGCGAUACACGCGGAGCUACAAGGAGAGCUACUACGUGCUCACGCCCGCUGGGUUCCUCCACGAGUACGCGAGCUCCGAUCCCGUGUCGGCGCCGCAGCCGGUGUUCUCGCUCUUCCUACCGAUGUGUACGCUCGGGCCCCCGUCGUCGACGUCGGCCAAAUCGCACAAGUUCCACAUUGAGGGUCGCAAGGACGGCACGGGCACGACGAAGGGCGGGUCGCUGAGGCUGAGCUUGGGUCGUGAACAUGCAUGGUCGUUCCGCGCACGCAGCCACGAGGAGAUGAUGGAGUGGUGGAACGAUAUUCGGAUGUUGUGCGCGAGGUACCUUGUCGCGAGCGAGCAGAUGGAGCGCAGUGGGCCUGUCGCGGCUGCCGUGCGGGCAGCGGGAUACGUUAGUGACGGGGAAGCCUCUGGCGAGGAUGAGGGAAGUAGCGUGGAGGAGGAAGCCGAGGCUGACGGGACCGCUGAAGAGGACGGGGAGUUUGCCGACGCAAGAAGCGAGGAGCUGCCCGGGUAUUCGCAUGAAAGCAAGGUCGGGGAGCAUGGGUACUUGGAGGAUAAGAAGCCUGCUCCCGAUACCACCUCGGGCUUGUCCCGCAAGUCUAGCAAGCGUCAGCAAGAGAAGGCUCCGGCUGGAAGGUCACCUAAUGAUGUACCUGGGAUGGUGUCUGCUGACGAUGAUGGUGCGGGUCCCGCGGAGGCUGAGCCCGGUCCUGCCCCUGUGGAGAGCCGUUUCUCGGAAAAUCUGUAACAUUCCGGUCUUGUGCGCGAGUGGUAUACGUUUGUCUUGCAGGAGGUUGAUAUUGUAUCCGUGGGUCUGUCAUGAUUGGUUUGUAUGUAGGUAGCACACAUACCUGUUGUACUCGUUUAAUGUAAUAUAAACUCUGUGCAUCUGCACCCACUC